CAGAAGAAGUAGAGAAACAGAAGGCCUGUGGCGAGAGGAGACAUUAUUGAGACGAGAAUGAGAUCUCGCCUGCGUCAGUGUCUUAUGACUGCAGUCAUGUUGAGUCUGCUGCUGUUUCUCAGCUCACUGUGGCUGCCUCAAGGAACCAUUCAGGGUUGUAAUCAGUCGUGGAGGCCGUGUCUGAGUGUGUACACACCAACCAGAGAGAUAGUUCGGACAGCUGUUACAACUGAUGCUGAUGGGCAUCAAGGAAAGGAAGUCAUCAAGGAGUGCGCUGGACAGAAAUUCCAAGUGUCCCGCCUCCUCCUUUAUCUAAACUCCGCCCUCGGCUCCGCCUCCGAUGUGCUACUGGAACCAUACCUUCUCAGCUGGGAGGAACUAAUCAAGUUUAUGGAGUCUCUUGGUCCUCUGGUGGGUUUUUUCACUCAUAAAGUUGAGGAGAAGAUCAUCCUCAUCCGACAGCUGUCACAAGAAGAAUCUGAGAAACAUCUCAAUAGAAGCGUCGCUCCUGAGUCCACCCACAAUUAUGAACACUUAGCCCCGCCCACUUCGCCACACGCGUAUCACUCUGUAGGCUCCAUGCUGGAGGCCGAACUGCAGAGGGGCGUGGUCUCCUUUGACACGCAGACGCCCUCCGGAAGUCGGACUUUGCUCCGCCUCCAUCGCUCAUUGCUCUGGUUACAGCUGUUGCUGGAGAAGCUGGGGGCGGAGCCUGAGGAGCGAAGCAUGGGAGAACUGUGCCGUGACGCGUAUCUGGAGGUUUUAGCGCCACAUCACCCCUGGCUGGUGCAGCGCGCGGCGGAACUGGUGUUUCGAGCGAUGCCCGACCGCAGCGUGUUCCUGCAGCUGGUGUGUGUACAGACGCAAGAGGAGGCGGAGCCUGUGAUACACGUCAUUGUCGCAGCCAUCCGAGAAAUUCAUGACAGAACGCAGAAAGAGCUACAGCUCAGAAACAUGCUGGACCUGCCUUAAAGGAACUGUUCACUUCUUUCAUCACUUACACUUCUGUCAGCUCAUGACUUACUUUCUUCUGUGGAACACAAAACACAAAAGGACUUAAAUAUUGAUCUGUUUCUCUUCUGAAGACAUGCAUUAAACCACUGGAGUCUUAUGGAUUACUUAUAUGCUGCCUUUAUGUGCUUUUUUGAGCUUCAAAGUUCUGGUCACCAUUCACUUGCAUUGUAUGGACCUACAGAGCUGAGAUAUUCUUCUAAAAAUCUUCAUUUGUGUUCUGCAGAAGAAAGAAAGUCAUACACAUCUGGGAUGGCAUGAGGGUGAGUAAAUGAUGAGAGAAUUUUCAUUUUUGGGUGAACUGUCCCUUUAACACACAGACACUCCUACACAUUUCAUUCACGUGAAUCUGAAAAAGAAAAAAAAUGCUAUUGAAGUUAUUUUUAAAUGAUUAACCAUCUUAACAUUUCCGGCUUAUUUCUGACUCUCAGUUGCUGAGGUCGCAGAAACAUUUGACAAAAGGCUAUAACUUAAUAUUUGGUCCACCCCACCAAAUGUGACACUCCUGCAUGCAGGGGUGUAGAUUCCGGGGGGGAUGGGGGGGAGACAUGUUUAUACAUGUUUAUACCAUGAUCAAUGGAGACAUGUAAAUGCUUCAUGCUGAAACCCUCCCAACAUUCAAGCCAAAUAAUCCCUACACCCUUGCCUGUAAAAAAUGAGGAAAAUGGCUUUUGUAGAGGACAGUAAUGCUAUAUGUGCACACCAGAUGUCACUGUUUCACUGUGUUCAAGUCUGUGUUCUAUUUUACAUUAUUUAUGAGUUCUAUACAUAUUUUGUAGCUCCAUGGUUGUAUAUUAUAAAGUUAAAACUCCCAAAUAAAUCAUCCAGGAAGUGG